AUGAAAUAUUUUUUAUUUUAUUUCCUCAUUAUAUUUUUGAUUGGGUUUGUAAAAGGGGAUCUCCCUAUUCAUGCUCUUAUGAGUGAUGUUGUAGGAAUUUGGGAAAUAAAAGAGAGCGAACAAAUUAACGAUACUUCGGAACAUUGUGGGGGUAGUGUUCCCAAUAAAAAUUCGGAAAACUUAAGACCUGAGUUAAAUAAUUACGAAAAAUAUUUGCAAACAAAUUAUGGUGAAUUAAAAAAUUUUAAAAUUAACUUAACUAUUGAAAAAAUUAAGUUAUUUAAUGAUUCCAGCUCUCGUCGUAUUUGGACUUAUCUUGCCGUUAGAGCAGUGGGUGAUAAUAAUUCGGUUAUAGGAAACUGGACAAUGGUCUAUGAUGAAGGAUUUGAAAUUCGGUUGAUGGGGAAGAGAUACUUUGGAUUUUUUAAGUAUGACAAAAAAGUUAGUGAGGAAUGUCCAAGUAUUGUAGAAAAUAUAAACAAAAUGAAUACAGAGUGCUAUAAAACAGAUCCAACAAAAAUAAGAUUAGGAUGGAUAUUUUAUGAAAGAAAACAAAAAAAUCAUAAAGAAAAAAUAUAUCAAUGGGGUUGUUUUUAUGCUGAAAAAAUUACAAAAAUGCCUAUUUCUUCCUUUGCUAUACAUAAUAAUAUUGUCAAUAAUAAAGAUCAUAUAGAUACAGGGGCAAACUUUUUUGUGGUGAUGCAAAGAAAUAAUUAUAAUAAAAUCCGAAUGAAUCAUCCAGAACUAUUUGGAUCGACAAAGAUAAGCUACAUUGACCGACACAAAGGAAAGGAAAAUCGAAUAUAUGGAUGCAAAAAAAGAGAAUCCAAAAAAAUGGAAAUGGAUUUAGUUUUACCAAAAGAGUUCAGUUGGGGUGAUCCAUAUAAUAAUAAAAAUUUUGAUGAAAUAGUAGAAGAUCAAAAAGAAUGUGGAAGUUGCUAUUUAAUAUCUAGUAUAUAUAUAUUAGAAAAAAGGUUUGAAAUAUUAUUAUCAAAAAAAUACAAAAAAAAUAUUAAAAUGAAUAAAUUAUCUCAGGAAUGUAUUAUAAAUUUGUCACAGUACAAUCAGGCAUGUGAUGGGGGGUUUCCAUUCCUUGUUGGAAAAGAUAUUUAUGAAAAUGGAAUUUGUGCAACUAUGAAAUAUGGAUCUUUAGAUAGUAUUUCAUCUAAAAUAGAAACACUUUCUAGAAAUAAAAAAAAUAAUAAUAAUAAUAAUCAAAUAUAUUAUGCUUCUGAUUAUAAUUAUAUAAGUGGAUGUUAUGAAUGUUCAAAUGAGUUUGACAUGAUGAAAGAAAUAUUAAAUAAUGGGCCUAUUAUAGCUGCAAUUUAUGCAACUUCAUUAUUGUUAAAAUUAUACAAACUUAAUGAUCAUAAUUUUAUAUUUACAAAUAUUACGGAUGAAAAUAAAAUAUGUGAUAUUCCAAAUAAAGGGUUUAAUGGUUGGCAACAAACAAAUCAUGCUGUUGUUAUAGUUGGAUGGGGUGAACAUAUUAAUAAAAAUAAUGAACUAAUAAAAUAUUGGAUAAUUAGAAAUACUUGGGGAAAUCAAUGGGGGUAUAAAGGAUAUUUAAAAUAUCAGAGAGGAAUAAACUUAAAUGGUAUAGAAUCACAAGCAGUAUAUAUCGAUCCUGAUUUUACUAGAGGAGGUGGCAAAGAGUUAUUUGUUUAA